AUGACACCACGCACGGACGAAUGUGAACAAGAUAAUAAUAACCUAAACGCCACCGACGACGAUGACAGCGACGACGACAGCGAUGACGACGGUCUCAAAGAAGACAUGGCCGCCGUCGCGCGAGCCUGUAAGUUCAAAGUAGACGAAAUUCCGUCGGAAGAAGAUCCUCUCUUGGCUUCUGUAGAUGAAAUUCCGUAUGAAAAAGAUCCUCUUUUGGCCUCUGGCGACGCCAUUGUCCCAUUCACCGGUACUGUGGACUCUGACUCUGACGUACAGAGUGACCUUGAAUGUCUAAAUAGAGUUAAGAGUCUCUGUCUGCAUAUUGAUUCUAUUCCUCAACUGCCGCCGAUGGCAGCUGCUUCUGACGAUGAUGAAGAUGACAUGGAAACAGUUCGUGCCAUCUUCAAACGGUUUUCCGCUUAUGAUAAAGGUGGAUGGGAAGCAUGGUCCGAGGAGGAUCAGACCACGAGUUUAAUUGCUGAGAAGGAUGUUGCCGAGAGCUCCAUUUCUGACAGAUUAGAUGCCGGCGAAACGUGUCCUGAUUCUCAAUGCCUUGAUAAUGACACCAAUUUGCUGAUUGAUACAUGUGAUUUUGACGUGACUUGUGAAAAAAAUGCUGGUGAAAUGUGUCCUGAUUCUAAAUGCCUUGAUAAUGACACCAAUUUGCUGAUUGAUACAUGUGGUUUUGACGAUACUUCUGAAAAAGAUGCUGGUGAAAUGUGUCCUGAUUCUAAAUGCCUUGAUAAUGACACCAAUUUGCUGAUUGAUACAUGUAGUUUUGACGAGACUUAUGAAAAAGAUGCUGGAUUGGCUUCUCAAAUAUUGAAUAAAAGUUCAAGAUUUCCUCCGUCGGCUCAAGCUUUUGUUGAUGCCCUCUCGAAGAAUAGAGCUCUCCAGCAAUUUCUUAGAAGUAAGUUGAUUGAAAUUGAAGCAAAAAUUGAAGUAAACAACAAGCUAAGGGAAAAAGUUAAAAUCCUUAAGGAUUUCCAGGUUUCAUGCAAUAGAAGAACGGGGAGUGCUUUAUCAAUGAAAAAGGAUCCGCGUGUGCAGUUAAUAUCAUCCAAGAAGUCUUUUGCAACAAAAAAGUCAAAGAACAAUAAUAAGAAAGUGUCUGCAAUGCGUUAUGGCCCAGAUGAGAAUUCUCGUGUUGCUAACUAUAAGAUGGUAUUGGAAAGAUUUCCGCUCUCUUUGGAUCGGAAAAAGUGGUCAAAUAAGGAAAGAGAGGGUCUUUCAAAGGGAAUUAAGCAACAAUUCCAAGAAACAGUGUAUCAAAUUUCAGUAGAUAGAAUGGGUUCAGAGUGCUCACCCAGUGACAUAAUUGAUUCAUUUAAAGAUCUUGAAAUCACACCAGUGAGGAUUAGAGCAUUUUUACCUAAAGUUAAAUGGGAUCCAUUGGCUUCUAUGCAUGUUACUGGCCGUACUGGUGCUGAAUGUGAAUCAAGGUGGUUGAAUUGUGAAGACCCUUUGAUCAAUCAUGGCUCAUGGACUGGUGAAGAGGAUAGGUCUCUUUUGAUUAUUGUCCAAGAGACGGGCAUCAGGAAUUGGUUUGACAUUGCUGCAUCAUUGGCCACAAACAGGACUCCAUUUCAAUGCUUGGCACGAUACCAAAGGAGCUUAAAUUCUUCAAUGAUAAAUAGUGAAUGGACUGAGGAAGAAGAUGUUCAACUUUGUUCUGCUGUUGCAUAUUUUGGUGAGAGUAAUUGGCAGUCGGUGGCUUCUGUUUUAGAACGGCGGACGGGAACCCAGUGCUCAAAUAGAUGGAAAAAAUCAAUUUGUCCUGUGAGGAAAGGAAGCUUUACACCCGAGGAGGAUGAACGCCUAACAGUAGCAGUUGCGCUGUUUGGAAGGAAAUGGAAUCAAAUAGCUAAAUAUGUUCCUGGCCGGAUUCAAUCUCAGUGUAGAGAAAGAUACCUUAAUAGUUUGGAUCCUUCUUUGAAAUGGGGUGGAUGGACUGAGGAAGAGGAUUUAAGAUUAGAAGCUGCAAUCACCAAGUAUGGAUAUUGCUGGUCUAAGGUGGCUGAAGAUGUACCUCCCCGCACUGAUUCUCAAUGUCGAAAGAGAUGGAAGGUGAUAUGUCCUGAACAAGUUCCUUUGCUACAAGAAGCAAGAAAGAGGCAAAGGUCUCUUCUUGCCAGGAACUUUGUUGAUCGAGAAUCAGAACGUCCAGCCCUCACACUGAAUGACUUCAUUCCUUUACAAAUGUUAGUUCCACCAUCUGAUGUUGAUGCUGAGAAACUCCAAAAGAAGCGGAAGAGAAAGUCGCGCGGCAUUUGCAAGGAAGAAAAGUCCAAAAAACAUGGAAAGGAGACUGAACUUUGUACCGUGGAAGCACGAGGUGCAGAUCCCAAGAAGGAGAGGCCUAAAAGACAUGCAAAAAAGAAAUCAUUUUAUCCUGAGGAUGUAGAAGAUAUAGUUCCCAAGAAAGAGAAGCCUAAAAGACAUUCGAAGAAGGCUCGAAUUUGUCCCGAGGAAGUACAAUAUAUAACAGCAUAUAAUGAUAGGGUCAAGACUUCUGGUGGCGGUGUUCCAUUCUCUGCACCGAGCGAAGUUCCCAAGAAAAUGAGAUCUAAAAGAGGUCCUAAAAAGGCUCAGCUCAAGGAAGUAGAUAAUAUAGCAUGUAGUGAUGAGGUCAAGACUUUUGCCAAGAAGUCAGAAAGUCAAGAUGAAGACAACAUAACACUUGCAUGCUUUUUACGCAACAAAUCAAAGAAGAAACUAUCUCAAUGUACCAAAAACGCCAGCCAUGGUUUGUCUUCCUCUAGGAAAAAAACUGUAUCUAAGCAGGUUGAAAAUCAAUUCCCAUCUGGUGAGCAAGACAGAUUAUCUCUGUCAUGUGGUAUUGGUGGAACUAAAGAUUUGUUAAUGCAAACAGAAGAUGAUUCUAGAAGACAAGUGAGAAAACCAGAAGGUACAAAUGCAACUAGAAAAUCAGAGGAUGUACACAGUUUGUAUGGUGAUGGCAACGCUAUACCUCUUAAGUUCUAUGUUAGAAAGAAAACGAAGAAAUGGAGUCAAGUUACUGAAGGAUCCCAUGCUUGCUCUCCCUCCAUAUUGAUAAAGGGAUCUACAUUACUCCAUGGAAACAAGCCGACUGUCAUUUCUAACAACAGUGAACCAUCAAUGUCAAAAGUUGUUGAACAGGAGACUGUUUUAACUGGUGGUGUGGCUGAAGCUGAACAAGACAAGACAAGACAAGGAGACGGAAAAGACAGCACAAUAUUCGGAAAUGAAGUUGUCUCAUGA